AUGAAGGAGAUGAAGGGGAUGGAAGAAACGGUAGAGCUCAUGGAGAUUGCUACAGCGGCAUGUAAUGAGCCUGCUUUUGAGUCGACUCAAACGCAGGAGAUGAAGGGGAUGAAGGGGAUUAAGGGGAUGGAAGAAAUGGAGGAGGAGGAGCUCAUGGAGGCUGCUACAGCGGCAGCGAGAGCCUUGAGAUGCUCAACGGGAGGUCCUGAGAGACGAACGCGGGGAACAGAAGGUGACGGAGGUUCGAAAAGGAGAGCACAAACGGGUGCUGGUGCUGCAGGGAGUGGUGGGGGGGAAACCGAAGAAGGCUGCGAGCAGGCAGAAGGAGGAGUGGGAAAUGGUCGAGAGGGGUAUGGAGGAGCGGAGGUCAGAGGAGGAAAGGAGGGGGAGGUGGCAGAUGAGGCGGGAGAGAGGAGAGAGGGGGUUUCGCCUUCUGAAGACGCUCAGCCUUCUCCUGCUGUGGAGCUCGCCGUUCGAAUCCUCAAGUGCUACAAACGGGAGAUCUCUCCCUGGAUCCCGGCCUCUUGUCGAUUCAUCCCCACAUGCAGCGAGUAUUCAGUCAUGGCACUGCGCAAGUACGGCCUUCUGAGAGGCGGGAUUUUGACUGCAUGGAGGUUGUUACGCUGUAACCCUUUCGGUCCGUCAGUCCCACCGGAGUUCAUCUGCCCGCUAUCGCACCAGCUCUUAUCGGAUCCUGUUAUUAUUGGGUCGGGUCAGACCUUCGAACGCGGCGCCAUUGAGAAAUGGUUUCAACAGGGUAAGCGAGUCUGCCCUAUAACGGGGAAACACCAAGAGCACAUGCGUCUCUUCCCGAACCAAGCGCUGCGUCAGCUGACUUCUGAUUGGUGCGACGCGAACGGGUUACACCUCGCUCCCGGUCUAACUGUAACCCAGAUCGAUCCGUCAAGCCCUUCCGGUAAAGCUGCUGGCAGCGGUGCAGAACCUGACGGCCACAAUGGCGUUCUUCCGUCAACGUCAGCCGAGCACAUGGACGAGGUCAUCCGUUUCCGUCAGGAACUGCAGCGAGCCCAAGCGUCUACGCCCAAACUUGACGGCGGAAACGGCGCGCUCAAUUUUAACGGGCUCACUCCCUCGGGAGGCGCUAUUGGCGGCCGCGGAUACGCGGAACCUCCGCGGACGCCGCCGGGACUUGGGGGUUUGCGGGGCAGCGGCGCGAAUGCGCUACUGAGCGGCGCCACACGGACGGUCAGGAUCUCCCGAUCGCAGUCGUUGCAGCCCAAGGCGGGCGCGAUGGGGGCGUUUCUCCGCGCGCUGAAAGAGACUGAGGGGGCGGAAAGCGAGGGGAAGGGGGGAAGCGGAGAAGGGGGAGGCGGCGGAAAAGGGUUUGGCGCAGGCGGGGAGAAGUCCCUCGGGUUGCGCCGAGCUGCGGAUCCGCUUGACGGGGGCCACGGCGGAAGUGGAAGCGGCGGCUUGCGCGGAAGCGGGGAAGGGGGAAGGGAUUCCGGGCGGAGCGGAAGCAGGAACGAGCUGUCCGGAGGCCGGAAGGAGGGGGGAGAUCCGGAGGAGCGCGGACGGCAGGAUGGCGAGAUGGGGAGAAACGGCGGAAUUGUGAACCGCCGGCUUAACUUGGGGGGCGCGGGGGUGAUGGCGGGCGGAAGCCUUGGGCGCAAGAUGGGGAGCGCAAUGCGCCGAUCGACCUCGGUUCAGGUGCAGAACAUGUCCGCUUCGGGCAGCCGCGCGGGCAGCGGACGAAAAGACGCGUUCCACGAGGCGGUUGAAGAGAUGUUGGGGGAGAAGCGGGCAGGAGAAAAAGAUUCCGACGGGAGGCGUGGGGGGAGCAAGGAUCGGGAUUGGGAGAAGGACAGGAACAGGGAUAGCGAUCGGGAUGAGCGCAAUUUCCGGUCGGAUGACGAUCGUGACCGUUCUUCUAACGAGCGUCGCAAUAGCGGGGAGUUUCGUCUCGAGGAGUAUUCGUCCGAGCGGGAAGAGCGGGGCGGGAGGAGGAGCGCUGAGUAUGACAGGAGUUCUAAUAGCGGGGGGAGGAGUUUAUCUCAUUUAUCUAACUUAGCGGGUGGCGGAGGAAGCAAUCCUAGCAGCGGAGAGUUCGAGAUCGGGGGAAGCAGGGGCGCGGGGGAAUCGAGGACCGCGGGCGGAGCCGGAGGGGGAGUUUCCAGGUUGGGAGCCGGGGGAGGGGGAGCGGGUGGAGACCCCUUCCGCGGACUCGGCGGAAACAGGGUGCCGAUCGGGGGAAGCGUGGGGCGGCGGAGCGGAAUGGGGCUGUUGCGCAGCGGAUCCCUGCAGCCGCGCAACUCGCGCAAGAUCGCGCGCGACUCGUUUUUUGGCGCGCUAGAAGAGGUGGCCGAGGAGAAAGGCGCGGGGAAAGGCGCGGGGAAGGGCGCGGGCGCGGGGGGGGAAGGCGCGGGGGAGGCGGGCGCGGGAGACGCGGGCGGGCGCAGGGUUCCGCACUCGCUUUCCGCGGGUGGGCAACCGCCUAUGAGCCCUCUUAGGAGUUCCCUCGGCCAAGAAGGAAAACAGGGCUUCGAGUUACCCCAGGCUCACAGACGCGGCCACUCCGUUUCGCUCCACGAUUCCUCCAGCGGCGGCGGCGGCGGAGUGCUAGAAAAGGGCGGCGGCGCGUUGGCGGGGCUCCCAGUUGUGCCUCUAACGGGGGGAGCGGCUGUAGCGGGCGUUCCCGGGGUGGGGGGGGUGGUUCUCUCGGGAAAAUCACGGCCGCUUUCGAGCCUUCGCAGAGCAUCCUCUUUGGUGCCCGUGGGAGCAAAGGAUAGGCCGGGGAGCGCGGGGGGGCUGAGGGGCGGGGGAGGCGGAGGGUUAGGGGGAGGCGGAGGGGGAAAAGGAGGGGAUUCGGAGGAUUCGUUUUCGUUCCAUGAUUUUGUGAAGGAGUUGAAAGCUAGUGGCGGCGGUGGUGGUGGUGGCAGUGCUGCUGGUGGUGACUUGGGCGGUGGUGGUAGUGGUGGUGGUGGGGGAGCGCACAAGAGAACCGGUUCCUCUGGCGAGCGUGACAAUAACGAGCCCUUUUCGUUUUCAGUCAGCCAUGCCAAAAACAAAACCAACCCCAGCACCAACGCGGACCUACCCAGAAGCAGCAGCGCCACAACCAGCAGCAAAGCAGACUCUGACAGCCCAGCCCGCAGGCAAUUCCCCUCGUCUCUCUCCCUUUCCAAAAGCCCUAGAGGAGCAAGAGGCGUCACGUUUGCGUCUGGGAAAGAUUUAGUGGAAGAUUUGAGUCUCCGUCCUAAAACCCCUCCUACCAGGUUCGGAGGGUUGGGAGGGGGAGGAGGAGCGGGAGGAGGGGUGUUGAGGCCGAGUAGUGGGGGGUUCGGAGCGAGAGGAGGAGGAGGAGGAGGGGGGUUGAGGAGGGCUACGUCAGUCCAGCCUGGGCUGACCACUGGAAGCGACCAUCACUCUUCCUCCUCUUCCUCUGCUGCUGCCGCUGCGGCGGCUGCUGCUGAUUUGCCUGCUCUAGUCGAGGCUCUGUCUUCAGACUCUGACGCAGAGAAGGUAGAAGCAGUAAGCACCGUGCGCGCUUUACUAAAAGCCAACAAGGAGAACAAGGCGAAGCUGAUCGCUGCUGGUGGUAUACCACCCCUGGUGGCAUUUCUGCAACGAAACAGCCCUACAGGGAAGGACCAGGCGGUAACCGCUAUCUUGAACCUCUCUCUAGUUGCCGGGGCACCAGCAAUAAUAGCGUCAGUGGGGGGAAUUGCGGCUAUCACGGAUGUUCUUCGCUCGGGCAGCCCGGCUGCCCGGGAAAACGCGGCAGCUGCCCUUUUCGCGCUUUCGGUGGAUGAGGCAAAUCAGACGCUGGUUCGGGAAGCGGGAGCUAUCCUGCCAUUGGUCGGCGUGUUGCGCAUGGGCAGCACGCGCGGAAAAAAAGACGCGGCGUUGGUUCUUUUCAAUCUAUCCAGAGACCCGCAGAGCCGCCUGGAAAUCGUUCGGGCAGACGCGGUAAAAGUUUUGCUCGGGCUGCUGGGGUGCUCGGAAGUAGGGCUGGAAGAAAAAGCCAUGGCUGUGCUGGCGAACCUGUGCAGGCUUCAGGAGGGGUGUGAAGCGGUGCUGAGGAUUAACGGUGCGGUUCCGGCGUUGGUUGCAGUGGUGGAGGGCGGUUCGCAGAGGGCGAAGGAGGAUGCGGUGAUGACUCUGCUGAUGCUGGCCAAUAGUGAGCCGGAUUGCUGCCGGGGCAUGCAAGGGGAGGGCAUGAUGGAGGUAUUGCAUGAGUUGACUCGAAAUGGCUCUUCCAGGUGUAAGAGCAAGGCAAAGGCUUUGGUCGAGCUGCUGCAGAUGCAGGGGGAGGAGGAUUCUGAGUAG